CCUCCCACAACGGGCCUUGCCUGGCUCCGGCCCAGCGCCUGCCUGCCGGCGUCCCCCUGAGUCCUGCUUCUCUGGCUCUCUCUCCCACAAACUAGCCAUGCCUGGGAGAAGGGGGUCCCCUCCCCACUGGGGACACCAUCUUGGGUGCUUCCCCUCGGCCCCUGCCUGCCAAGCCUGGGGUCCCCGGUCUCGCCCAGCCUGGGAUCCCCCGCGGCCAAAGCCUCUGCUGUGCCGUGACAUGGCCCUGCAGAAUGCCCUGUACACCGGAGACCUGGCGAGGUUGCUGGAGCUGUUUCCCCCGCACAGCACAGCCGACCUGCUGCUGGAGAGCCGGGCUGCUGAGCCUCGCUGGAGCAGCCACCAGAGGGGACUCUGGUCUCUGACGUACCAAGAGGAGCUGACCACCCCACUGCACGUGGCAGCCAGCCGGGGCCACACGGAUGUUGUGCAACUGCUGCUGAGGCGGCGGGCGAGGCCUGACAGUGCCCCCGGGGGCCGUACAGCCCUGCAUGAGGCCUGCGCUGCGGGCCACGCUCCCUGUGUCCAUGCGCUGCUGGUGGCAGGAGCCGACCCCAACAUCCCUGACCAGGAUGGGAAACGCCCUUUGCAUCUCUGCCGGGGGGCUGGCACCCUUGAGUGUGCGGAGCUGCUCCUGAGGUUUGGGGCGAAAGUGGAUGGUCGGUCCGAGGAAGAAGAAGAGACCCCUUUGCAUGUGGCUGCCCGGCUUGGCCAUGUGGAGCUGGCAGACCUACUUCUAAGACGGGGAGCAUGCCCAGAUGCCCGUGAUGCCGAAGGCUGGACGCCGCUGCUGGUUGCCUGUGACACCCGCUGCACAUCCCCCACGGAUGCUGAAGCCACCACAGCCCGCUGCCUCCAGCUGUGCCACUUGCUGCUCUCAGCCGGUGCCGACGCAGAUGCUGCCGACCAGGACAAGCGGCGACCCCUGCAUCUGGCCUGUCGCCGUGGCCAUGCGGCCAUCGUGGAGCUACUCCUGUCCUGCGGUGUCAGUGUCAACGCCAUGGACUAUGGGGGACACACGGCCCUGCACUGUGCUCUACAGGGCCCACCCUCAGCCUUGGCGCAGAGCCCCGAGCAUGCAGUGCGAGCCCUGCUCAACCACGGUGCUGUCCGAGUCUGGCCUGGGGCUCUCCCCAAGGUGCUGGAACGCUGGUGCACGUCCCCUCGGACCCUUGAGGUCCUGAUGAACACCUACAGUGUUGUGAAGCUUCCUGAGGAGGCCAUGGGCCUGGUGCCUCCAGAAAUCCUACAGAAGCACCACCGUUUCUACUCCUCCCUCUUCGCCUUGGUGCGGCAGCCCAGAUCCCUGCAGCACCUAAGCCGCUGUGCGCUCCGAGCUCACCUGGAGGCCUGCCUGCCCCACGCCCUGCCCCGCCUUCCCCUGCCGCCCCGCCUGCUCCGCUACCUGCAGCUGGACUUCGAGGACGUGCUCUAUUAGAUGAACACUGCAUUUUGAGAGAGCCUGAAAGCAAAUGCCCCAGGCAUCAGGGGUGCUGGCCCGCUUCUCACAGCGCUCCAAACCCAGGACUGAACUGAACCAACUCAAGCCAAGGUGGCCCUCUCAGCAGGAGGUCAUCUCCACAGGCACAGUGGGAUGCUGCCAUUCCCAACCAUGGAGAGGCGGAUGGACCAUGUUUGCUGGAGAGAGAGCCAGGACUCGUGGCAAGUGAUACUCUCCUCCUGGGGAUCUCCUGAGGUCCCCUCUGCCGGUCCAUACCUUUAUGCACAUUAAAGUCUCCAG